UCUCCAUUCAACCCGAGUAUCAUAUGUGUAAAUGGGGGCUAUUUUAAGACAAAUAUGUAAUACCUAAAGGUUCAAACAAAUAAAAACGUCAAAGAUCCUGGAAGUGUUAAUAAAAAACUGCUUAGGUAAAAAUAAACUCGCCAAUCCCGAAAUAUUGAAAAUCCCCCGACUACAUACAAACAAACAACCCUGAUGCACGGAUUCAUAGCAGCAAAUCGGGAAUUUUCCUUCCUGCCUGCCGUGGAAAAUUCCAUUCCGCCCCCUAAGAACCGAACUUGCCAAACAACCCCCGUAUACCCUCUCCCGAUCCAGGUUGGCCAAUGGAACGCAUCCCUUGCCAGCUCGGGGAUACCACAACAAAAUUACGUUCAGUCUAUCGCGGUUAUCCGGACCCUCUUCUCGUUCUCGCUUAUCCCGAAUCCCGAUCGAUACUUCAGCGAGCACAUGCUCUCCCUAUCGAUUACCAGGAUAACACAACUAUAUUCCGGAUAAGUGCCCUUCGAGAAGAAAAUGGGAUAAAGGCCUUUUUAUCUCUACAUUACCGAACUCGAUAUAUAUAGAUAUAGAUAUAGAAAGUGUUGAAUUAUGGCCGGAAAAACACCGGAAAUGACCCGGAACGGGCACGAACUGGCCCCGUUAAACAGUCGACCGACGAGCGACAGUGAAAACCGGAAACCGGGAGUGACGAUUGUGCUUCAAGGUCCCCGCGGUUCGGUGAUAUCGAGGGGUUCCCAGGGGAUGAUCGACCCCCAGGGGGAGGACAACGUCGCGUGGUCCGGGAAAAUUCAGUUUUUCCUCACCAUCAUCGGGUACUCGGUCGGUUUGGGGAACAUCUGGCGGUUCCCGUAUUUGUGUCAGCAGAAUGGAGGAGGAGCGUUCCUGAUCCCGUUCGCGGUGAUGUUAAUCCUGGAGGGCAUCCCGCUCUUCCUGAUCGAACUGGGAAUCGGUCAAAAAAUGCGAUUGGGAUCGUUGGGGGUGUGGAACACGAUCCAUCCGUGGCUCGGGGGCAUCGGGAUCUCCAGUUGCCUGGUCACCUUCUUCGUCGUCCUUUACUACAACGUGAUCAUCACCUGGUGCUUUUAUUAUUUGUUUAACAGUUUUCGGUUAGAACUUCCAUGGCAAGAAUGCCCGAAAGACCCCCUGACAAACGCAACUUUACCAGAAUGCGAAAAAUCAUCGGCAACUGCAUAUUUUUGGUAUAGGGUCACCCUGGACGCGAGCCCGUCCAUCCAGGAGCCCGGCAACCCAAAAUGGUGGAUCGUCUUAUGUCUAUUACUGGCCUGGAUAGUGGUAUUCUUUAUUGUAAUGAAAGGAAUCCAGAGUUCCGGCAAGGUGGUGUACUUUACCUCGCUCUUCCCUUACAUCGUGCUCACCAUAUUUUUCAUCGAAGGGCUGACGUUAGAGGGUGCCACCGAGGGGCUUAUGCACAUGCUCAAACCGAAAGUGCACAAGCUGAGAGACCCGAAGGUGUGGCUGGACGCGGCCACUCAGGUUUUCUACUCGUUCGGGUUGGCUUUCGGGUCCCUGGUCGCCUUCGGUUCCUACAAUAACCCGAAAAACAAUUGCGUCCGCGAUGUCGUUUUGGUGUCGGUCUGUAACGCUUUUACCGCCAUCUAUGCGAGCGUCGUUAUUUUCGCCAUUUUGGGCUUUAAGGCGGUCAGCAAGGUGAAGGAGUGCAACGAGAUGCAAAUCAAGUUAGGGAAUGGAUCUCUCAAUUGUUCCUUAGAAAAGGAGUUAGAAGAGGCCGCAGAAGGUACCGGUUUGGCCUUCAUAGUGUUCACGGAAGCGAUAGUGAGACUCCCGUUAUCCCCUUUCUGGGCGAUCCUGUUUUUCGUGAUGCUCCUCUCCUUGGGAAUCGGCUCCCAGAUCGGGAUGCUCGAGGGGAUGCUCUGCACCAUAUUCGAUAUCGAAAUAUUGAAAAGGAUCAGUAAACAGUACAUUACAGGUACUGUCUGUCUAAUUUGCUUCUGUAUCGGACUAAUAUUCACGACCGGUGCGGGCGAGUACUGGCUCAGCAUGUUCGAUUCGUUCGCCGGUACCAUCGGGUUAAUCGUGGUCGCCCUAAUGGAAAUGAUCGCGGUCAUUUACGUGUACGGCCACAAGAAGUUCAGUAACGACAUCUACGAAAUGACCGGAUACAAACCGGGAUGGUACUGGCAAAUCACGUGGCGCUACCUGGCCCCCGGGAUCAUGAUCAUGAUCUUGGGUUCGUCGGUCGUUUCGAUGGUUAUCGAGCAUCCUCAGUAUUCGGCCUGGAGUGCGGAAAGGGGAGUCUCCGAGAAAACCCCGUAUCCAGGGUGGGUGCUGGUUAUAGCAGGCGUGAUGGUACUAGCCGGGAUUUUACCUAUACCCAUAGUAUUCUUGCUGAGGCGGUACCAGAUUCUCAAAAUGGAUAUUAACAUACACGAAGGAUCGAUCAGGCGGAUCGAUACCACCGUAUCGACCAAAGAAAUGAUCACCGACGUAGACGAACAAAUGACAAGCCCCGAUGGUCCCUGCAUCACGGCUUCUAACACGCUCAAAAAUAAGUUCACUAUCGGCGAUUAUGAGGUCUAAUCUAGACGAAGAGGACGGCAUGAACUUGUCCAUCUACGAUGACGACUCGUCGUCCUCUGACUACGAAGACAGUAGGCCUCGUCAGCUUAAGCUUAAGGUUGUUAACAAUUAAAGAGAUGUCUUUGCCGUAUUUUCUUCAAUUUUCCGACCCCUUUGGUUGUAUCGUAUAUUGUGAUAAGGAUCGACGAAAUGCCAAAGAAUGAUCUGUUUUUUUUUUUUUUAAGUUCGCAUUUAUUAGUCCGAAAAUGUGAUACUACGAUUUAGGAAAGCCGUUGGAUAAUUUAUGUAUUAGUUAUUAUGAAUAACUGGUUAUUAUUGGUGAUAUUUUAAUUUAUUUAAGUGGUUUAUCGAGUGACUUGUCGUUAUACGUGUUCGAAGCACAGUCAAUUUGUUGUUAAAAGUGCCCGAUAAGGUCAGUUAACAAAGGACAAAUAGAGGCUUUAAUAAAAUUCAAAUUUAUUAAUCGAUUUUUUUUUUAAAUUAUGAUUUUAUAGGAAAGUUGAGAAGUUUCUUUGUAAAUAUAUUCGUUUUCGAGUUUUUGAGGUAGUUGAAAUGAAUAUUGAUAUUAUCAAAGGCUUUACAAAAAUCGAAAUAUUUUGUAAACUUACUGACCGAUUUUUUUGAUUUUGGUGUCAUAUGAAAGCUGAUGAGUUUCUUUACCAAAAAGGUCAUUACAAGUCUCCUUGUAAAUAGAAUCGUUUUAGAGUUAUUGAAUGAUUGAAAAAAAUCGUUGAUAUUGUCAAAGGCUUCAGAAAAUUCAAAUAUUUUAAAAACUUACUGACUGAUUUCUUUGAUUUUGGUUUCAUAUUAAAGCUGAUGAGUUUCUUAACCAAAAAGGUCAUUACAAGUUUUCUUGUAAUUACAAUGGUUCUCAAGUUAUUAAGCAUUAUUUGAGGUGGUUCGAAAAAAUUUUGAUAUUGUCAAAGGCUUUACAAAGGUCGAAAUAUUUUUAAAACUGAUUUACCAAUUUCUUUGAUUUUGGUUUCACAUUAAAGCUGAUGAGUUUCCUAACCAAAAAGGUCAUUACAAGUUUUCUUAUAAAUUCAAUAUUUUUGGAGUUAUUGACUAGUCUUUUAGGUCUUUAAAAAAAACCUUGAUAUUAUCAAAGGCUUCACAAAAAUCCAGAUAUUUUCAAAACUUACUGACCAACUUUUUUAAUGUUUGUUUCGAAUGAAAGCUGAUGAGUUUCUUUACCAAAAAGGUCAUUACAAGUUUCCUUGUAAAUAGAAUCGUUUUAGAGUUAUUGAAUGAUUGAAAAACAUCGUUGAUAUUGUCAAAGACUUCAGAAAAUUCAAAUAUUUUUAAAACUUACUGAUCGAUUUCUUUGAUUUUGGUUUCAUAUGAAAGCUGAUGAAUUUCUUUACCAAAAAGGUCAUUACAAGUUUCCUUGUAAUUACAAUCGUUUUUGAGUUAUUGAGUAGUUUUUGAGGUGGUUUAAAAAGUGUUGAUAUUGUCAAAGGCUUUACAAAAGCCGAAAUAUUAUGAAAACUUACUGACCGAUUUCUUUGAUUUUGGUUUCGUAUUAAAGCUGAUGAGUUUCUUAACCAAAAAGGUCAUUACAAGUUUCCUUGUAAUUACAAUCGUUUUUGAGUUAUUGAGUAGUUUUUGAGGUGGUUUAAAAAGUGUUGAUAUUGUCAAAGGCUUUACAAAAAUCCAAAUAUUUUCAAAACUUAUUGACCGAUUUUUUUGAUUUUGGUUUCAUAUGAAAGCUGAUGAGUUUCUUUAUCAAAAAGGUCAUUACUUGUAAAUACAACCGUUUUCAAGGUAUCGAGUGAUUGAAAAAACCUUGAUAUUGUCAAAGGCUUUAAAAAAUGUAAAACUUAUCGAUUUUUUUGAUUUGGGUUUCAUAUGAAAACCGAUUAAAUUCUUUGCUAAAAAACCAGAUCAGAGUUUCCUUUACAAUCCACUUUUCUUUGUUAACUGACUCAUAUAAGACAUCUCUUCUAGGGUAGUCUUCCACGAAAAGUGGAUGUAUAGUUCGUUCAAAACAUGUUAGCAUUUAAGUAGCCUCGUGUACAUAGUGUAAAAAAAAAUUAUUAAAAAUUAAUAGGUCAUAAAUAUUAAAACAACCAACAAAAAAAAGGAAUUUUACGCUUCAGUUUGUAUUUUUACUAUUAACUACCGACGUUCGUUUUCAAUGUAGUGCCUCUACUACCUAAGUUAAUUAUUAAUUAAAAUACAAGACAAUACUGAUGGUUUAGAUCGAAAUACGGGGUGUCCCGAGUUUCUCUUAAUUGUGGGACGCCCUGUAUAUAUUUAUAUAUAUGUAGCAGUAUAGUACUUAUAUACUGAAAAUUUUAUAUAAAUAUUUUUGUUUUGACAAGUUGUUUAGCAAUAACUUCCAAAAGUAUUAUAGAACAUGUUUUAAUUUUAAGUUAAUUCCUUUAUAGCUCAGUGUAUAUUUGAAUUAAUUUUAAACAAAGUGAGACAAACUCAUUGGAAAAAAUGACGACGUUUCGGCUUCCAGUGGCCAUCGUCAAAUAAAAGUAACGAGUUUCUUAGACACUCUUGAACGGGUUUGUCACACCUUGGACUUGUUGGAGGUACACUAAAAAAAAACCAAUUCAAGACUUGGUUGUUGUUUCCCCUCGGUUGGUUAAUAACGAAAAAAAAAAUAUAUUGUGUAGAAAAGCA